AUGGAUGACAUGGAGGAUCCGGACUUCCUUGCAGCGAUAGAAGCAUCACGCCGAGAAGCCGAUAUGGGUUCAUCCACAGCUCCAGCACCACCAGACACAGUGGUCGAUCUGACAUAUGAUUCCGACUCGGAUAUCCAGGAGGUGUUUCCCAAGUCGAGAUCUGUUGUGAGCUCAUCCCCCGACCUUGCGGGUGCUGACAAGGCUGGAUGUGACGAGGCAGAGUUGAAGCGUGCUCUUGCGCUUUCAGUGGGGUCAAAUCCCACUUCACCAAUCUCCGAGGGUAGCAAAACAGUCUCCCAGGUCAGCAACACCCAAGAACCAGCGUCGUUUCCCACGGCACCCUCCGUUGGUAUCGGAAUUCCAGGGUUGGAUCGCAAGAAGAUGGAGGAGGAGCGUCUAGCGCGUCUCGCCAAUCGAAAAGCUCAGCCAAGUGGCUCUUGCUCAUCAGGACAGCUCAAAAGGAAGGCUGAAGACAGUCCUGACACGACAACCCAACCAAAGCGCAAGGUUGAAUCCACAUCGCCGACCCUUCACAACCGCACAGCUAUUCAUAAAGCCGUUGAUCUAGAAUCACUCAAAAUCACCCCAAAUUCUACACAGCCUAGCUCAACGGGCAACCAAGCUUCACAAGUUGAGAAAUCAAAGGCCGCAACAACUGCGAGGGAAACCCCCAGCGAGAAGCCAUACUCUGGGCGACUUGCUUCUGAUAUAUGUCGCCGAUAUGAUUCAAAUGCCACAGAUGUCAAGAUCUGGCCUACCUCGCGCCCUCUUGCACAGUGGCCCCUCGGAGCUAUCAAGAAGACACACAUUGCAGGGUUUCCUCGCGUAGGAACCGAAGUCACCAUUGAGGAAGUUAUCCAGCGAGAUGACUUGCAGCUGGCCGUCUUCAGUGGAUUUAUGUGGGAAAUGGAAUGGUUCUUUAGAAAGAUCAAUACCGAUUCUACUCGCUUCAUCUUGAUGAUGCAAGCCAAAGACCAAGAGACGAAAGAUGAAUAUGAACGUGAUAUCGCUGGGAUUCCCAAUCUUCGCCUGUGCUUCCCGCCGAUGGAAACCCAGACUUUCUGCAUGCACUCCAAAUUGAUGUUGCUCUUCCAUCCCGAUUAUCUUCGUAUCGCGAUUCCAACUGCAAAUCCUACUUCAACCGACUGGGGUGAAAACGGUCUCAUGGAAAAUACUGUCUUCCUCAUCGACCUUCCGAAGAUUGAUCUUACACCGAGCGAGACUGGCAAUAAGGACCAGACCCACAAUACUCAGUUCUACGAGGAGCUGGUAUACUUCCUGGAGGCCUGCACUCUAAACUCGAAGAUCAUUGAAAGGCUUGAAGGCUUUGACUUCACGGAGACCAAACGGUAUGCGUUUGUACACUCAAUUGGUGGCUCCAGUACAGGGGAAAGCUGGCGACGCACUGGAUGCAGUGGCAUGGGCCGCGCUCUAAAGAGACUCGGUCUUGCUACUGAGAUGAAGAUUAACGUCGACUACGUAACCUCCUCAGUGGGCAGCCUCAAUGCACAAUUCAUGCGGGCUAUGUAUCUGGCCUGUAAAGGAGAUGACGGCACUAUGGACUACGAUCUCCGUGCUGGGUCCAAGAAAGACCCAGAACGGAAGCGCUUAAUAGAACUGCUAAACUCCGAGGCUUUAGCCAGAAUGCGCGUCUACUAUCCGUCCGACGAAACCGUGCGGGAGGCACACGAGCACCCUAACCGCACAGCAGGAACCAUCUGCUUCCAACCAAAGUGGUGGUCCAGCCCUACGUUCCCUCAAAAUUUACUGCAUGAUUGCCAGAGUGAGCGUGGCAUCUUAAUGCACAACAAGCUUGCUUUUGUUCAACCCGCCAACCCGAUCAGCAUGGAUGAUAAAUCAGAGUGCCUGGCUUGGGCGUAUGUCGGCAGUGCCAAUCUAUCGGAGAGUGCAUGGGGCCGUCUAGUCAAGGACACCGCUACCAAGCAACCGAAAAUGAAUUGCCGCAACUGGGAAUGCGGGGUGAUUGUCCCCAUUCUGACUGAGAAAAAACCACACCAGCAAAGGCCCGAGGGCGAGUCUGUGCCUCUUCUAACUGCACGCUUCCAGGACAUUGUCCCGGUUCCGAUGCGAGUGCCUGCCGCCCCUUUGAGUGAAGCACGCAAGCCUUUCUUUUGGGGCAUUUGA